UAAAUCAAUCUCCGCGGCGUUGUUCCUGCGCUUUUCUUGGACAGCGGAGCGACAGGUAUGGCGGAGGCAAUGGAUCUGGGUAAAGACCCCAAUGGGCCCACUCACUCCUCCACUCUGUUCGUGAGAGAAGACGGCAGCGCCAUGUCGUUUUACGUGCGGCCCAGCUCGGCCAAGCGCCGGCUGUCGACGCUCAUCCUGCACGGCGGCGGCACCGUGUGUCGGGUGCAGGAGCCCGGGGCCGUGCUGCUAGCCCAGCCCGGGGAGGCGCUGGCCGAGGCUUCGGGCGACUUCAUCUCCACGCAGUACAUUCUAGACUGCGUGGAGCGCAACGAGAAGCUGGAACUGGAGGCCUAUCGGCUGGGCCUGACGGAGCAGGCGUCCGACCCCAAGCCCGGGGCUUCGGCCGAGGGCUCCACGGAACCGGAGCCGGAGCUCCUGACCGGGCGUAUUGCCUACACUGACGCGGACGAUGUGGCCAUCCUGACCUACGUGAAGGAAAACGCCCGUUCGCCCAGCUCGGUCACAGGCAACGCCUUGUGGAAAGCGAUGGAGAAGAGCUCGCUCACGCAGCACUCCUGGCAGUCGCUCAAGGACCGCUACCUCAAGCACCUACGGGGCCAGGAGCACAAGUACCUGCUCGGGGACGCUCCCGUUAGCCCGUCCUCCCAAAAGCUCAAACGCAAGGCAGAGCAGGACCCCGAGGCCGCGGAUAGCGGAGAGCCACAGAACAAGAGGACGCCAGACUUGCCUGAGGAGGAGUGCGUGAAGGGAGAGACCAAGGAGAAUGGAGAGGCCGUCAGCAAGCUGUUUGAGGAAGCCACGCGGGAGUUCGGAGAGGCCGUGGUGGAUGAGAGCCCUGACUUUGAAAUACAUAUAACGAUGUGUGAUGGUGAUCCACCCACACCUGAGGAAGAUUCAGAAACACAGCCAGACGAGGAGGAAGAGGAACCAAAAGUAUCUACACAAGAGGUGGGAGCUGCCAUUAAGAUCAUCCGGCAGCUAAUGGAAAAGUUUAACUUGGAUCUCUCAACAGUUACACAGGCCUUGCUGAAAAACAGUGGUGAGCUGGAGGCCACUUCCUCUUUCUUAGAGUCGGGACGGAGACCUGAUGGUUAUCCAAUUUGGUGCCGACAAGAUGACUUAGAUUUGCAGAAGGACGAUGAUGACACGAGAAAUGCACUGGUCAAAAAGUUUGGAGCUCAGAAUGUUGCUCGGAGAAUAGAUUUCCGAAAGAAAUAAGAUGAUGGAAAAGAUGUGGCAGGUUAUGGUGUGGCAUCUGUGACAACUGACACCGACCCAUGCUGCUGCUCUGUGACCCCAGGUUCAAUAGCCAAGCAGUGUAAUGUAGCAGGAUAAAAACAAAAGAAACUGUAAUUAGAGCCGUCUGUGGCAAGUAUCCCAUGUUUAUGGUAGGCAAACCUAAGCCAGAGAGGUUGGUCUGUGUAGUAGUCAUCCUUGGUUGGAAUGUGUCCCCUGCUAUACAAGUGACAGGAAACAAGUGACAAAGUCACGGUUGGAAAUGAAAGGGCAUUUGACUUGGUGAGUGAGUAGCCUCUGGUCUUUUGGCAGAAGUUGCUUUAGAUGGAGGGUCCCAAGCCAAGAUUCUAGAAAUAAGAAUUAACUGCAGAGCUUGUACAUGGACUGUCCCAAACUCUCCCAUUCCCAGGGAAGCUCUGUGUUUACUGUUGAAAAACCCCUCAGUCAUCUUGCUAACAGUCUGUGUAAUCUCUUCUCCUUCCUUGACUGUUGCUUUUUGAGUUCUGAGUUAAGACUCUAUAGCAUGGAUUUGUUGACCUAGCAUUCACUCUGUGUGAACGGAGGCCUGGGCUUGUAGGAGCUUGCACCCUUUCAGCAUUAUAAAAGAUAUCUUAUACAGACUUCCCAGUCAAGACUCAAAGUUACACACACACACACACAUACACACACACACACAAUUAUUAAAACUCUGUGCUAUAAGUUUGUGUUUUACCCUUGUAGCUAUUCUGAGACAGUGUUGGUUAGAUACCAUUAAUUGUGAUAUGUUGUUUAAAAUUUUAUGGAACAUAAGUUUUCUGCUGAAAAUUAUGCCAAACUUAAAAUUUAGUGGAUUGGUCCACUUUGCUGUGUUGUUUUUGUCAUUGAAAAUAAAUAUAAUUUAGUGUUUGAA